GACCACACGCAUAGGAGCGGGUAUAAAGGGUGAAGCCAGCACGGGCCACCACAGCUCCACCUGCCCUCAGGAUGAAGCCCAGCAGCCUUACCGUCUUCCUGGUGAUAUUUGCCUUUGGAUUCCUGAUGCCCUGGGCUGUGGAAGGUGGUUUCAGAGGCUCAUAUAAACCUGGAACCUGCCCCUUCUUCGACCGUUCUGUGAAGUCCCUUAGAUGUGCACCCUCUGAAUGCCAGAAUGACUGGCAGUGUCCGAGAAGGCAAAAAUGUUGCUACGACUAUUGUGGCCGCAAAUGCAUGGAUCCUAUAUACAUGUCAAAUCCAGAUUCAUCCGGGGCAGUUUGAAAAGAUUACCACUUCCUGGUCUGUGUGGUCUGGGGAUUUCCUUUUCCCCCCAAGCCUGGAAAAAAAUGAGAGCACCUUGGUGAAGAUGUGGUUUUGUGACCAAUACCUCCUUGGGGGCCAAGAUUUCGCCUGUUUUAUCUAUGUAUCCCCAGCAUCCAACGUGAAGCUUGGCACACGACAGGAAAUGUCUGCUGAUUAGUAAAUAAAUAAAUGUCCCAGGUUUUCUCUGCA